GCUGCUGCGGCACUACAUGGAAAAAAAUCUAAUAUCUUCCAAGGACUGCGACUGCUACACAAAAUGUCAGAACAAGAUCUUGCUGCUGUUCCUUCCGUGGACAUUGACCCUACAGGCAUAUUUAAGUAUAUUCUGAUCAAAGUAACCGGAAAGGAGACUACAGACGGUGUUGAGCCCAGCAAACUGAUUGUUCGGGGCUAUGGAGACUGCGAAUGGCAUGCUGAUAUAUAUGAACGCACGCAGAAGAUAUGCAAGGGAGGGGCACUGGACACCGAAUGCCUGGGCGGAGGACGAAUCGAGCAUAACCCCGAAAAGAAGUACAUGAAAGUGUACGGACACUCCACGGGCUAUGGCAGGGCGGAUCACUCCGAGUCUAAACGAGUUCUACUAACCAAGUACAAGGACUACGAGAUUGAAACUUCAGAUGAAGGAUACUAAAAUAAACAUGAUCUAAGCAGGCGGGACCAACACUUCAUUGACUUGUAACUUUCAAGGAAAGCCAGUCAGUCGAUCAGUUGUUGGACAACUGUUCACAUACCCCUCCUAAAUUUCACAUUUUGAAUCCUCUCAAAAUUAAAGUCUGUUUUUCCUUACA